AUGCCAUUUAUUUUACUGACAACAGGAAGCCAGAUUGGUGCUAAUAUUGGAUUAUUAUAUAAUUCUGUUGGGAAUUCAAAAAUAUGGAUUUAUACAAUUAUUUCAUUAUUUUGGGUUGUUUUCACGUUUAUUUUCGAAUAUCUAUUCCAUGCAUCCUAUAUUCCAUUCAUUCCUGGUCGUACUUCUGCUUUGACGCCAGCAUUUCAAAGUUUUGAUAUAGAUCUCGUCAUUAUUAUCAGAAUCUUGUCCAGAUUGGCCAAUUCAACUGAUGGAACAGUUGCCGCUAAGGUCUGCCGUGCAUUGAUUGCUGUUUUAUUGGCAGUUGGUGCAGUAACGAUUGCUUUUUAUAACAUUUACUUAUCAAGGAAAUAUACUGCAUUUAUUUCUGCUUCCUUCUGUGCUGGAUUUGUUCUUAAUAUAUUAGAAGAAUUUGUUAAACUUGACUGGGUAUAG